AUGGAAAACCCGCAGUCCGACCUCUACACCUCCAUCCUGCUCGUCAACAACAUCCACUGCCCCUCAUGUGUCUCCUAUGCCGAAGACAUCCUACGCUCCUUGAGCGACAUUGUUCAAGUCACCAUCUCCAUCCUCAGUCAAGAAAUCCGACUGUACCAUCGUCGCGCAAAAACUGCCCAUGCAGCAAUUCAAGAGCUUGAAAAGGGGGCGUUUGAGAUUCAACACAUCAAAACGUUCGAUGGCGAGGGUAGGACUAUCUGUGACCGCGAAACUGCUGGAACACGGUUCAAGCAAUCGCUAUUUUAUAGCUGGCCUCUGUUUGGGUCCAAGACUCAGCGGAAGCACAUCGAGAACUGCAAUGCAUGUCGCGCCGAGACAGCCAAUCAAAGCAUGAAAUCAAAUGUGUGGGCAGCAUCUAGAAUAAAAGGGCUACUGGCUGAUGUGGAGAAGCAAGCCCUUUCGAAAGCACUUGUAGAUGGAGCUGCGUCUAUAGGAGUGAGCGAUCUGAACAACGUCGAUGCUGAACAGUCACAUGGACAAGAAAUUGCUGAGUAUGUUGUGUCCCUGAGUAUUGAAGGUAUGACCUGCGCAUCCUGCAGUGGGUCCAUCACCAAUAAACUGGAAGCCUUGGAUUUCGUUACGGAUGUCAACAUCAAUCUAUUGACCAACUCAGGCAAAACAACCUAUCAUGGGCCCAAGGAGAACAGUGACAAGAUCGUCAGCUGCAUUCAAGAUGCUGGGUACGAAACGUCAGUCAAUGAGAUCAAGCCACAUGGCAUGGCAAGCAGCUCCAGACUUGUACCAUACAAGUUCGUAGCCUCUCUCAGCCUGGAGGGCAUGACCUGUGGAUCAUGUGUAGGCACAAUCACCGAGGGCCUUCAAGCACUAUCCUUCGUACAUGAAACCAGCAUUGAUUUGGUCGGUAACAGUGGAAAAAUCACUUUCGAAGGGAGGCAGAAUAUCGACAAAAUUUUGCAAAAGAUCGAUGAUCUUGGUUAUGAUGCUGCUGUGGUCGAGCUGAAAGCGUGUGGCAUUCUACAGCCCGCCAACGAAGCCAUAUCAGACCGAACCGUCACCAUUGUUGUUGAAGGCAUGUAUUGCGAACACUGCCCCGAGGAUAUUAUAAGCGCUCUUAACAACGCAUUUGUAGAUGCGAUCGUGAUUGAGAAGCCCUUGAGUUUGCAGGAUCCAAAGAUUCGAAUCCGAUACACUCCAUCACCUCCGCAGCUUACUAUCCGCAAGAUCAUGAAUACCAUUUCAAACACCAAUGAAGCCUUUUCGGCCAAGAUAUGGCAUCCACCAACUAUUGAAGAACGGUCUCGAGCCAUGCAGCGCCACGAAAAAAGGCGUAUCCUCUUCCGGCUGCUCUUCACCUUUCUUGUUGCGAUACCCAGUCUGAUCAUUGGCGUCAUCUACAUGAGUCUGGUUUCGAAAAGUGAUCCUACCAAGAUGUGGUUUGAGGAGCCAGUCUGGGUUGGCAACGUCUCUCGCACCGAAUGGGCACUGUUCAUCAUGACUACUCCAGUCAUGUUCUUUGGCGCAGACUAUUUUCACACCCGUGCGAUCAAAGAACUCAGAGCACUGUGGCGACCAGGGAGCACAGUUCCAAUUUUGAGACGCUUCUACCGCUUUGGCAGCAUGAACUUACUGAUAUCUGCAGGAACCUCCGUGGCAUAUUUCUCUUCUGUUGCCGUUCUUAUCUUGGAUGCUCGUACUCAUCCACAGCAUGCGAUGCGAGGCCAGUCAAGUACAUAUUUUGACUCGGUCACUUUCUUGUCGUUCUUCAUUCUGAUUGGCAAAUAUCUCGAAGCUUACAGCAAAGCCAAGACAGGAGACGCUGUUGCUAUGCUGGGCAAACUUCAACCUGACGAAGCCAUUCUUCUUGAGCCAGCUUCGAAUGGAAAUUCAGAGCUUGAAACUGCUGGGUCGGAAGCAUCCCAACAUGUGCAAGUUGAUAUGCUUGAAGUGGGGGACAAUGUCCGAGUCGUCCAUGGUGCCUCUCCACCCACAGAUGGUAUCGUGAGUUCAGGCGGAACUUUCCUCUUUGACGAAUCCUCUCUCACUGGCGAAUCCAAGCCAGUACAGAAAGUGGCGGGUGACCAAGUUUUCACUGGCUCGGUCAACAUAUCUCAGCCAGUUGAUAUAACAGUUACAGGUACUGGAGGAACAUCAAUGCUGGACCAGAUUGUUGCCUUGGUGAGAGAAGGUCAGAGCAAAAGAGCUCCUAUCGAGCGAAUCGCCGAUACCAUCACAGGCUAUUUUGUGCCCGUCAUAACUCUCACCGCUAUCGUUACCUUCAUUGUCUGGUUAACGUUGGGUAUGUCAGGUGCACUGCCUGCAAGGUAUCUGACCAAUGCGCAAGGUGGUUGGCCAUUCUGGAGCUUGGAGUUCGCAAUUGCCGUCUUCGUCGUGGCAUGUCCUUGUGGUCUCGGCCUGGCAGCACCGACAGCAUUGUUUGUCGGUGGGGGGUUGGCAGCCAAGCAUGGGAUUCUGGUUCGAGGAGGCGGCGAAGCUUUUCAAGAAGCUAGCAAAUUGGACACGAUCGUCUUUGACAAGACUGGCACCUUGACCGAAGGGCAGAUGAAGGUGACUGAUUAUGAAAUGCUCAGUGGUGGGCAUGGGGAAGUUAAAGAUCAGGCACUGGUCUUCGCGCUCUCCAGGGCCCUGGAGGAUUCGAGCACGCAUCCGAUUGCCAAAGCGAUAGCGGGAUACUGCGCUGCGGAGGAUAUCAAGAACGUUGAUAUCAUGGGUUGCGAUAUCACGGAAAUCCCUGGCCAGGGCAUGCGGGGAAGAUUCACGGUCUGGGAGCCAAAUCACCAGGACAUGACGGUUUACAGCGCCGCAAUUGGCAACCAGAGACUACUCUCAUCGCUGCAAGAUGACAACGAAAGGGGAGACAAACCCAACAUGUACCUGGAAGCAGUUCUCAACAAGUUUCAGUCUCGAGGUCAAUCUACGGCAAUCUUCUAUCUUCGCCAGGCUCCCACCAACAGCAAAAGCUUCUCACCAAGCUUCCCAGCCAGCUUCCAACCCAUCGCCGUCUUCGCAAUCUCGGACCCCAUCCGUCCAUCCGCUCAGUCGGUCCUCUCCACCCUUCGCCAGCGUCACAAUCUCCAAGUCCACAUGUGCACAGGGGAUAACCCCAGAACCGCGCUCGCCAUCGCCUCCCAACUUGGGAUUCCAUCUGCCAACAUUCGCGCUGGUGUAAUGCCGAUCGACAAAGCAGCCUACAUCAAGGAACUACAGCAACAACCACCGGGAGCAAACAUGACCAAAAAUAAAGAGAAGAGACAAGGGAGAAAAAUCGUCGCCUUCCGCCUCCGACGUUUCUAUCGCCCUCUCGUCCGGCUCCGACAUUGCCAUCAGUACAUCCUCGUUCAUUCUCCUUAA